AUCAAUAGUUGCCAUUUAUAUUUUGCCAGCUCUACUCAUUGCCAUAUAAACAAAGAAAUUCACAUUUUUGGCACAGAAAUUUGGAGAAAAAAUUAUAUUGCGGUAAAACGGACACGAAUGGCGGGAUCGUCUAAUUUCAUAGCAAUGAAUUUAUCACGGAAUUUUGAAUUUGUAUGGCCCAAGCUAAAGGAACUUAAUGAAUUCGCGGGAAGCGACGGAACAAAGGAAAAGGUGCUGGCUAUGCUGGUGUUAGGAUUUGGAAGUUUUUUGUUUGGUAUGUUACCGGCCAUUGUUUCGGAAAGAAAUCGACAGAGAUUCCCUUUAGCGAAAUCGUUGAUGCUUUGCUUUGGAUCAGGCAUUCUUUUAGCGACAUCUUUAAUUCAUAUCUUACCUGAGGUACGCAAACAAAUGAAUUCUGCUUGGGCUGAGAUUUCUUUGUGUGGCGGAUUCUUGCUUAUUUACUGUAUAGAAGAAUUAGUUCACUUUUUUAUCGGCGACCAUGGUGAACAUUCAGACUCACAUUCGUGCAACAGCGCAGUGGCCAGCGUUAGUUACGGUGCACUAGACAGGGAAUCAGACCCUUUGAUACAUGAUCCUGGUGCUUUCGAUCCUACGAUCAACCAAAAUUAUUCGCAAGAUACUGAAGAAUCUCACGCCCAGAGUCGUGCAACCCAAAAUAGUCAAUCUAUGUCAACCACGAUUGGCCUAUUUGUUGCCUUGUCUAUUCAUUCGGCGAUCGAAGGAUUAGCAAUAGGUGUUCAAAAUACACCAUCCAAGGUCUUAUUUCUCCUUGGAGCUGUUGCUUGUCAUAAAUUUGUCAUGGGCUUUUGCUUGGGUCUUUUGUCAAGUUCAGAAGCCAAUAUUAAAGUUCAGUUCCUAAGCAUAACCGUGUUUGCUUUAGGAACCGUAUGUGGUAUAAGUUUAGGAAUGCUUUUGAUAGAUAUCCCAUUGUCAUUAUUGAUUAUAGUUCAAGGACUGGCAGGAGGGACGUUGCUAUACGUUGCAGUAUGUGAAGUGAUUCCUAGAGAAAAGGCUUUGUGGCACAAAAACUCUCGGUACAAAAUAGCAGGGAUUGUUCAAACUUUGGCCGUUGCUCUAGGAUUUUUGACAAUGACUGUGAUAAACUUUUAUUUUGAUGAUGAUAAGGCGUAGUUGUUAAAAUAUCAUGUUUUUUUAGAUAACAUUUUUUAUUUAUCAAAGCGAGUAUUUUUUUUUAGUAUAAAAUUUAUUAGUAUACACAUUUUUAAGCAUGGAUUUCAAUGAUAUUAUUUAUUUAAAAUCUACUAUAAUAAAUUGUUAAUUCAAUUUCUAUAAACUGUACUUUUACGCAGAUUUUUAUUUUUUUUUUCUUGACAACCGCACAUAAAAAUACAUAGCACGUUGCCACAGUGAUCGGUUCUGCGCAACGGAACGACCCAGCCCCAACGACGCAUCUACCAACGCACGCAUCUACCUUCUUUUUAUAUU